GACGUGGCUCUGUACCGCUGCCAUAUUAACUCUCUAACCAGCUAACAAUCACACAACCUGUGGUCAGCUGGACGCUUGUAUCUUGCUAUUUCACAGUGACUACAAUUCACCAAAGCAACAAACACGAGGGACUGAAGAUCGUCGUUGCAUAGAGAGAGACCAAAAAUGGUGCUGUUGGCAGCGGCGGUGUGCACCAAGGCCGGCAAGGCCAUCGUAUCGCGGCAGUUUGUGGAAAUGACCCGGACACGUAUCGAGGGUCUCCUGGCCGCGUUCCCUAAACUGAUGAACACGGGCAAGCAGCACACCUUUGUGGAAACGGACAGUGUACGCUAUGUGUACCAGCCUCUGGAGAAACUCUACAUGGUCCUCAUCACCACCAAGAACAGCAACAUCCUGGAGGACCUGGAGACGCUCAGACUCUUCUCUCGUGUGAUCCCAGAAUACUGUCGCGUGCUGGAGGAGAGUGAAAUAUCAGAGCAUUGUUUCGACCUGAUCUUCGCCUUCGACGAGAUCGUGGCGCUGGGCUACAGAGAGAACGUCAACCUGGCUCAGAUCCGAACCUUCACAGAGAUGGACUCUCACGAGGAGAAGGUGUUCCGCGCCGUCAGAGAGACCCAGGAAAGGGAGGCUAAGGCAGAGAUGAGGAGGAAGGCCAAGGAGCUUCAGCAGGCCAGACGGGACGCCGAACGCUCCGGAAAGAAGGUGCCAGCUUUCGGAGGCUUCGGCAGCGGCGGCAUGACCAGCGUCUCCUCAGGGUCCAUCAUCACAGACACCAUCGUCGAGCCCGAGAAGCCCAAGAUCACACCAGCUGCAGUCAGACCAAGUGGACCCAGUAAGGCUCUGAAACUGGGCGCUAAAGGGAAAGAGGUGGACAACUUUGUGGACAAACUCAAAUCUGAGGGUGAAACCAUCAUGCCUACCUCAGGAAAGAGAGGCUCAGACGUAUCUAAAGCUCUACCACCACCAGUCAACGUGGAGAGUGUACACCUGCGCGUGGAGGAGAAGAUCUCGCUGACUUGCGGUCGUGACGGCGGCCUACAGAACAUGGAGGUGCUGGGCAUGGUGACGCUGCGAGUCUCAGACGACAAGAACGGACGCAUCCGCCUCAUCAUCAACAACAACGACAACAAAGGACUGCAGCUGCAAACACAUCCCAACGUGGACAAGAAGUUGUUCACAGCUGACUCAGUGAUUGGCCUGAAGAACCCAGAGAAGUCUUUCCCUCUCAACAACGAUGUGGGCGUGCUGAAGUGGAGACUACAGACCACAGACGAGUCCCUAAUACCUCUAACCAUAAACUGCUGGCCCUCUGAGAGUGGAACUGGCUGUGAUGUCAACAUUGAAUACGAGCUGCAGGAGGAGAGCCUCGAGCUCAACGACGUGGUCAUCAGCAUCCCUGUACCGUCUGGCGUUGGCGCCCCCGUGAUCGGCGACCUGGACGGAGAGUACAAACACGACAGCAGGCGAAACAUCCUGGAGUGGUGCCUACCUGUCAUCGAUGCCAACAACAAGACGGGCAGCCUGGAGUUCAGCAUCGCCGGCCAGCCCAAUGACUUCUUCCCUGUCAAUGUGUCCUUUGUGUCCAAACGCAACUACUGCGACAUCCAGGUUACCAAAGCGACUCACGUAGACGGAGACGGCCCUGUUAGAUUCUCUUCAGAAACCUCCUUUGUUGUUGACAAAUACGAAAUCCUGUAAAAAAAAAAAAAAAAGAAAAAAGAGAGAGAGAAAAAAAUUCAAAGAAAACAACAAAAUCAACAAAAAAAAUCACCUACAAAAAAACAAAAAAAAGUCCAAAUCUAUGCUUCAGAGUUGAAGAAAUUGAAGAUUUCUUGCCUGCCCACCCUGUAUACUAUUUCAGAGACUGUGUACAUCGACAGGACUACGUCAGCCCCUCUGGCAAAGCCUCUUUCCUGUGGUGGAGCAGAGCAGCGGUGGUGUAUUUAUAUGUUUGUAUGAGAGAGGAUCAUCUAUAUAUAGAGUUAAUGGAACAGGAAAAAAACCAACAAACACAUGCAUAUACACAAACACACACACACACACACAAAAGAAGUUUAAAAACUACACUGAUGCUGUCGUGUUGGCCCAGCAGAACUGUAAGGACUUCAGACUAAAUAGAGGAUGACUGUGGGGAGGAGAGAGAGAGAGAGAGAGAGAGAGAGAGGGAGGAGGGGAGAGAAGAAAAGAGAGACCUGAGGCCACUGAUUCUCCACUAGAGAGUGAGCGCUGGUAGUUUUAGCUUCCUCACACAAUGGUUCGAUUAAGCCGCUUUCGAUCGGAGGGGUCCUCGCUUUCUUUUCACAUUUUUUUCUCAUCGGUGAUAACUGCAGAGUCGUAGCUGUCUCAAUCAUUUAUAAGCCUGUCACUCUAAUCGUUAAACUAUUGUGAUUUGCUCUGUUGAUAUCUCACUUUCAGAUGAUUGGGUUUUCUUUUUUCUUUCUUUCUUGUAAGGACACUUGUUUGAGGUUUUUUUUUUUUUCUGUAGAGGUAAAAAAAAAAGAAGCCAAUUACGGCUCUGUGCUCAAUAUAUUGUCUUUACUGUCUACAGUUUAUCAUCAGCAAUAUUGUGUCCUUUUUAUUUUUAAUAUUUUUUACUGUUUGCUGUAUCAUUUCUGUCAUUGUUUACCACUAAUCUGGAUAAUGGGAUUUUGACAGUGAAGAGCAGGACUUUGUAAGGGAUUCUCAGCCGCAGAGCAAACCUAAUCUACUAGUAAACACAUUUGACUAUUGCAUCUGUCGACCUUUUUUUUAAUUUUGUUUUUUGUUGUAACACCAUUGCAACCACUCCUCACUAUUUCGAGAGAAAGAAAAAAAAAAGAGACGCCACGUUUCACUCUGGUCCGUUUAUGUCUCGUGAUAAGAUAACGGCAAAAGGAAAAAACGUACUUUGAUCGCAAUCCAGAAACAACAUUGGAGCCUCUAAUGUGACAUCCCAUAAGAGCUUUUCUAGAUCUCUGAUGGGAGUGGGUGGAUGUUGGCAUGAUAGUGGAAAUACACACCCAUUCACACACACACUCUCUCACACACACACACACACACACACACAGAGAGCAGGGAUCAGAGACUACCACCCUGAUAUUCGAUCCACAUCCUGGAAGCAGGAAGGUAAGCAGAGCAACUUCCGAAGCCCCUCGCACUUCAACUCUACCCAGUCAUCCUUUAACUUACAUUCUCAUACUACAUCCAACAUUAUUCAGAUAUAUAACAUUUGUCUUUCAUGUUUUAUUUUGUUUUAUUUUUAUUUUUCAUUUGUACUCCCCAAAUUUCUAUUUAGUAAUGGUUGUGUGGAUGUGGGGUUGAAAAUGACUAGAUUGAGCGUUUUUAACUAAAUUACUGAAGGGGGAAUCUUAACAUUCCAGUGUACAAUUAGAAAAGAAAAAAAAAAGAA